AUGUUGACAAAUCGCACAUUAUUUUGUAUACGAGUUGAUUAUUUAUUCCAAUGUUGUCUGAAUGCCAUUUGAGAACAAUGAGUGAAUAUACUUGGAGAGGAGUUCCUUUAAGUGAAAUAUAUGGCUCUCAAAGUCCGUGGGGCGCACCUGAAUUCCCACUAGUUAUACCGUCGUAUAAUCAUACAGUAUUAUACCAUGUACCAAACACUGGACGGCCCGCGCAAGACUCGCCGCCGAAACCAAAGUCUGGAAAUGAUGUAUGGAAUCAUGAUUUUGUGAGAAUGCCAUGUUCAAACCAGAGUUUAUAUCCAGUUGAAGAUAGAAAUGGUGAAACAAAACUUAAGAAACGAUGGGAAAUCAUAGAACAGGCUUUAUCCAAACCAAUAUGCAACAGUCAACAAUUGGCAGAUGCUAUUUUAUCAUAUAAUACUAAAUUCAAAAGCCUUUGGAAAUUUAAGGCUUUACAUAAACUGUUUAAUGAAUGCUUGGAACAAGAAGAAUCUGAUUAUUUUUUCAAUGUUACCCUUCCUGAAAUUGUAAAAUUGGUAUUAGCGCUACCAAAGCUGAUUCAAGCACCAAUACCACUGUUGAAGCAACACAAAAGCAAGUCUAUUUCACUAUCACAGCUACAGAUUUCAUGUUUGCUGGCUAAUGCAUUCUUUUGCACAUUCCCAAGAAGAAAUAAUACAAAGAAGACCUCAGAAUAUGCCUCAUAUCCUUUUAUAAACUUUAACAGAUUAUAUAAUUCUUCUGGAUCAGAUUCAACACUGGAGAAACUUAAAUGUAUUUGUCAUUAUUUUAGGAGAGUCACAAUGAAAGUCCCGGGUGGAGUUGUGACAUUUUCCCGACGUGCUGUACCUCAGGAUUCAUUACCGCUUUGGAGAGCCUCAGAGAUAUCUAUAUCCUCGCUUCCAGUACACGUGGACAGUGCGACCACUAUAGAAGAUGCUCAUGGAUUGAUACAAGUGGACUUUGCUAACAAAUUUUUAGGUGGUGGAGUCCUCAAUUUUGGCUGUGUGCAAGAAGAGAUUAGGUUCGUUAUAUGCCCGGAACUAAUGAUCUCGAUGCUGUUCACGGAGAUGUUGAAACCAAAUGAAGCCCUCAUGAUAAUAGGUUGCGAGCGUUACAGCAACUAUUCUGGUUACGGUAGCAGUUUCCAUUGGACUAACGAUUAUUCUGACAGCACGCCUUUCGACUCGUCAGGCCGUCGCCGAUGUGCGGUAUUGGCAAUCGAUGCUUUACCAUAUGCUAGUGUACGACACGAACACAACAGGGACAUGAUCACUAGAGAGCUUAAUAAGGCUUGGGUUGGACUAACUUAUGGUACAGAUGCAAAGUCUGAAGGGCUUAACUACCCUGGGGUAGCAACUGGCAACUGGGGAUGUGGAGCAUUUGGCGGUACUCCGCAUUUGAAAUCUUUAAUCCAAAUAAUGGCGUGCACUCAAGCUAAACGUCCUAUGGCAUACUACACGUUCAGCGAUAUUGAAUUGAGAGAUGACAUUGCGAACAUCUACAACUUGUUAGCAAGGCAUAAUAUUACUGUAGGGAAGUUGUACCGAUACAUUAUUGAGUAUACAGCAGAUGCACGAAUCGGUCAGUUACAUGCGUUCUUACAACAAAAAUUGUUAGAUGAAAAUAAACCUAAGUCUCCCGUAAUAGAAGUGAUGAGCUCUGUGAGUAUUUUUUUUUAUUUAUUAUGGUGAUAAAUAGCAAAUGAAGCAUUUACAGUUCCACCUUUUUAACUAGUUUGCUUAAGGUUGUGCUUUCCUAAUUAAAAUUGCUUCUUUAGUAAAAACAAAAAGAUGGUGUUAAAGAGAAUUUUCAAAUUCUUCUUUGAUUUCAGAGUGACAUGGCGAUGGAAAUAUCUUUAACUGAAACACCAACUCCUGUAAAGAAAGUAUUAAUGAACGAUUCGCCGGAUAUGUUUUCACAAGAUGAGUCUGAUCAGGACGAAAUUAAUAAACAAAUGGAUGAUCUCGUAGAUGCUGCUGAAAGGGGGGAGUUGUUUACGGAUACAUGUAGUGGUAAUGAUAAAAAAAUAGUCACAGAAGAGUUUGAAACAGAACACACUACAAGGUUAUUUGAUGAAAUGAAAAAAUUCGACGAGGAAAACGGUAAGUUGAACUUAACUACACCUAGCACAUCACCCAUGAAACAUAAUAGGGUGUUAUGCAAAGGAAAUGAUACAACAGACGGUCCAGAGAAAAUAAAAUUAGAUAUGUCGCCGGAAGUGAAGAAGAAAAUGAGUAGAAAAAUAACAGAUUACUUCAGCAAGAAGUCUAUUUGAUGAUUUCUGGUGUGUUUUUGCGUUGUGAAGUUUUGUGCGCUCGUCGCACUUUUGAUAUUCUGAAUGUAUUUGAAAUUGUGUUUGGUGAGGUAUGUCUGACCAGUAAAAACAUAGUUACCGGAGACUUUCAGUGAGUUAGGCGUCUUGUCGAUAUUCGUUUGCGUGUAGCAGACCUACUAAUUCCGACGAUGAUUGGAAUUUACAAUGAGUCUUGUUUCUAUAACUAUAAAGUGUAAAAUACGACGCUCAGGUGUCUGUCUCUAUC